AUGGCGCAAGGUCGGGAGCGAGAGGAGGCCAUCGCCAGCGUCAACCCAACCAUGUCUGUGAGAUGGGUGCAAGGAUUUCCUAAGCAGAAUGUUCAUUUUGUCAACGACACCACCAUAUGCUACCCUUGUGGGAAUUUUGUAAUAUUUAUUAAUAUUGAAACCAAGAAAAAGACAGUACUUCAGUGUAUGAAUGGAAUUGUAGGCGUCGUGGCAACUAACAUUCCUUAUGAAGUUGUGGCUUUUUCUGACCGGAGGUUAAGACCCCUCAUCUACAUAUACAACUUUCCAGGAUUGACCAGAAGGACCAAAUUAAAAGGCAAUGUUCUUCUGGACUACACUUUACUUUCAUUCAGUUACUGUGGCACCUACUUGGCUAGCUACUCCUCUCUCCCAGAAUUUGAACUGACUCUCUGGAAUUGGGAAUCAAAUGUCAUUUUGUGCAAGAAGUCACAACCCGGAGUGGAUGUGAGCUACAUGACUUUUAACCCCAUGAACUGGCACCAACUGUGCUUGUCAAGUUCAAGUGCAGUGACUAUAUGGACCAUUGAAAGAAGCAACCAGGAGCAUUAUCUCAGACCAAAGUUGGUAAAACUACCCAUGGAGGGCGGGGAGUUUUACAAUGAAAUGGAGGUCAUCUUCCCCGAGUCGCUACCCAAGGACCUGAUCUAUGGCCCUGUGCUCCCGCUGUCAGCCAUGGCAGGGCUGGUCAACGAGGACGCAGAGACUUUCAGGCCUAGAGAUGAUGUGUAUCCUACACUUCACCCUACAAUGCAUUGCUGGACUCCAACAAGUGACUUGUACGUCGGCUGUGAAGAAGGGCAUCUUUUGAUGGUUAACGGAGAAACCCUAAAAGUGACUCUACUUAAUAAGACAGAAGAAAAACCCUUAGAAGAGCAAAGGCAUCUUUACAGCCCACUCACCAUGGUAUAUCAGAAGGGAGGCCUGAUUGCUUCUGGAAUUGAUGGCUAUGUGUAUUCUAUUACUAUAAAAGAUACAUAUUACAAAAUGGAGGAAUUUCUUGUGGUUGAAGAGCCUGUGGAACACAUGGUGUUUUCACCCAGUUACAAGAUGUUGCUGAUUCAAACACAAAAGGGAUCUGUUUAUAUCUACACUUUUGAUGAAGAGCCAACUUUUGAAAAUGCCCUAGAGGCUUGUGAUGGAAAGUUUCAAUCAAUUGACUUCAUCACACCUGGAAAUGUACACUUCUUGACACUUACAGAGUCAGGGGAAGUUUGUGUUUGGCAUAUAGAGGAUGGUACUUGCAUCAGCAGAAUUUACCUGAAUACUCCAGCGAAUGUUCUGGCGUGCUCUCCCUCCUCGCUGUCCGCAGCGGUGGGGACCGAGGGGGGCUCUGUCUUCUUCCUUGACCUCCGGGCUGCGGCAUCACUUAAGGUGAUUCACCAGGCCUUUCUCUCCAAGUCCCCAGUGCAGCACCUUCUCUAUGACCAGCGAGGAAUGUACCUAUUAGUUGGAACAUCAGUAGGAUACGUCUUUGUUAUCAACGCCAACCCCUCAAGCUUAUUUCAGAUUCUUGGAUUUAUAGAGGUGGGCAAAGACAUUUUACAGAUUUCCACAGUGUCUCUUUUGGAAACAGACAUAGUGGAAGUGAUGGUGCUUUACCCACUCCCAGACUCAGGAAAAAGCAGGCUGGUAAUAUUCACUCUGCCUAAAGUACUAUCACAAGUUCCUCUAGCCUUUACUAAUGAAAGAGGGAGGCUGAAAGAUGAAUUAAUCCAUACGUGCCUAUAUGAGACAGAGCACCCCCUGUCCUCGGCGGCGCUUGACUUCCACAGUCUCCGAAUCUACGGCUACUGCAGCCAUGUGCCAUACAUCUGCAGCUACCAUCUUCCCAAGCAGGAACACAGUGGCGUUUGCAUCCUUAAGCCUCACCAAAAAGUGCAAAGCAGACAUUAUGGACCCGGAAUGCUCUCCCUGUCUCCGCAUGGAUUAUGGCUCAUCACAAUAGCUAAAUGUGGAUUUCUGUGCAUCCGAGAUAUUCAUACUUUGGAGACAUUUGUUCGGUAUCGGAGUCAUUCUCACCAGGGGCAUGGGAUUCAGUCGAUGAGAAUUUCAGUGGAUGGACAAAACAUUCUGGUGAACGGGAGAAAUGACGGCACUCUUGUUUACCUAAGAUGGAGGAGGUUUGGAGGAAUCUUAGCCAAUGAGAUUUUUGAAUAUUCCCAGCAACUUUUAACAUUUCUGAGGAACAACAUGGAUGAGGAGAAUGACUGUUUAAGUAAAACACAAAAAGAAAACUUGGAUUUGGAAUCAGAACCUGAACAAUCAGAGAAGAGGAUGAGCAUUGACUCAUCACAAGAAGAAUUAUCCCUGCUUGUUGAUUUGAAGUCAUUUCCCUGGAUCUACCAAAAAAACCAAGAGGUAUUUAUAAAACAUGGGACACUUGCAAAUAAGAGAGAAGACUGGUGUUCCUUGGUUCUGAGCAUGAUGGAAGAAAAUGAAACAGUGGAUGAUAUUGCAAAACUAGAGCAACAGGAAUUUGGCUUGGAUCUUGAAGAACUGGAAAGGCUCCAUGAUGAAAGUGAGGAAGAAAUAGCAAGGAUAAGAAAGGAUGCAGAGAUGCAUAACCUAGCCAAGAGAUACUUAACUGAACUUAUCAAAGAAGAAUGUUGGUAUUCAAUGGCUGUGAAAGGUCGAACUCUUAAGUGCUUUCACAUCCCCUGUAUGGUUGAGAACUUCCCAAUGAAAGAACGUUCCAAGGAAGAGAUGAAAGAGUUGAAGAGAGUUGUGCAGCAAAAGAAGAUUGAAACAGAUUGUCUUAAAUUCCGGAAGGAAAUUGUAGAAGUUCAGUCUUCACCUGGCUUGAGUAAACCACAUCAUGAUGAGGAAGAUGAAGAGGAAGAAGAAAAUGUGGUUAUAAAAGACACCAACUUGCCCAAUUACCUGCUUGGCAGUCUGAGUACUGAGUUUGGAGUAGAUGUCUCUUUAUUAUCAAGCCAAUUGGAACUUCAUUCAAGAGAGGAGAAAAUCAACCAAAUAAUAUUACUGAAAGAUAUCAUUUACAAGGUAAAAACUGCUUUCAAUAAUGAGUUCGAUGCUGCAUAUAAACAAAAAGAGUUUGAAAUUAUGCGUGUGAAGGAAAAAAAUGUAAGACUUCAAGAAAUUAUUGUAGAUCUGGAAUUAGAAGAAUCAAUCUGGCAACCAGAAUUUGAUGACUUUGAGAAGCCAGAGAGAAUCCUUGUUGUGGAAAAUAAUGAGAUUACAGCUCCAAGGCAUGUUAGUUCUCGGCAAAAAGACAAAAUAGGAUCGGCCAUAACCCAUGAAAUGGAGCAAAGUUUGCUGUCAAGAAAAAGUGACACAAGACAGAGAGCCCUGAUGGACAUGAUGGGAGGAGUACUGGAAGUCAAGAAGGAAGACAUUUUAAGAAUGGUGAUCCCUCAACCUGCUUUCAUGGCAAAACCUGAUGCUUUGUGGACUGAAGAGGAAAGGAAACAAUUCAAAGAGUAUGAGAAAAAAGUGAAGGAGUUAAAUGAAGAAAGAGAUAAAUAUAGAAAGUCCUUAGAAGCAGAAAUGAAGAAACUUCAAAACUCAAUUCAAGAAAGCACACAGAAUUUUGAUGAACAUCUGAAAAGGCUCUUUGAAAAGAGAGUAAAGGCAGAGAUGGUUGUUAACCAGGAAGAAUUGAAAAUAAAUAACCUUGUUUUUUCUUUACUGUUGGAUGAAGAAAUAAGCAGCAGAGAAUCAUGCCUGAACAACUACCUUUUAAGGAAGCAGGAGGAGAAAAACCAGACUGCAGAGGCCAUCCAGAAAGCUAGAGGGGACCUUGAAGUCUACAAAGAGCACCAUGACAACUUGCUGGCAGAAGACAAAGUUCUGGAUCGAAGCUUUAAAAAGGAAUUUUCUGAAAUUUCCAGUCAUCAAGUGGAAGUACUCUACAAGCUUUUUAAACGCAGACCAAGGAUUCACAAACCGAAAGUGCACUCAGAUACAACCUCUAUUAAUCCUUUUGGAGAGCGACCAGGAUCUGGGAAAUUGAAUAAGGAAGCCUUUGCCCAGUUAAUGAGAGCCAUGGAUGAAUUCGACAAUGUUAAUAACAUGCCAGAAGGCUUGGACCCCUUGGUCUGGGAACAUUUCUGCAUGAUCAGACGAACGAAAGUGGAGAAUGAAUACAAAGUAAAACAGAAAGCAGCUGGCUUAAUGGAAAUGGUGGCUUUUCUGAAGAAGAGAAUUGAGGAUGACGAGAAGGUGCAGCAGGACAUUGACAAAGUGGUCCAUGAGUUCAUCGUAUUACAGGAAGAAAAAGCGAGAUACCAGUUGAAUUUGACAGUCCAGAUUCUCCUUAAACAAGGACAAAUAGAAGUGGAAAAUUUCCAGUUAUUGCUGGACUAUUCUGAUGCAAUUCUUAUCAACAAAAACAUAAUUGAGGACUUGAAUUCUGUGAUUCGGACUCAAGGACAAAAGAAAGUCGCUAGCAUGAUGGAAAGUAAAAAUGUGCACAAAGGAAUAUUUCAGAUUGAGUGGGAACAUAAGAAAAUGGAGAUGGAAAUGGAAGAUCUGAAUCAGAAGGCUUGGGAUAUUCAGACACUGUUUUUCUCAAGAGAUCGUCAAAAGUAUCUAAAUGAACCAAACUACGAGACUCUGAUUGCCAUUCAGAUUGGAAUAAUGGAGCAAACUAUUGCUGUUUUAGAAAAGACCCACAAAAAGAAUGUGGAAAAUUGUAAAAAAUUACUAAAAAAACUGGAAAAUUUCAGUAAUCAAAAAGAUAUAGCAAAUUAUCAUCUAAGUUGCAAUUUGCGAGAAGAGUUGGUGGCUGUCUCGGAGAGAAAAGACAUCUGUGAUGCAAUGGGGUCUACACUGACUUGUGAAAAGAUUGCCAAAGAACGAUAUGAAAACAUGAUGCAACAACAAAAGUUAACACAUAUUUCAAAAGAACAAGCUGAACAGAUUUCAAUACUGCAGGCUGAAGUUGAAAGACUGAGAAUGAAAACAUUUCCUGCUCUUGUUCAAAUGUAA